AUACAGGGAUGAAYGCAGCUAUCAGAKCUGUAGUACGGAUGGGUUUGUACACCAAUGCAAGAGUCUUCACGAUAUGGGAGGGUUAUCAAGGUUUGGUAGAUGGUGGGGAUAAUAUCAAGGAGGUUUUCUGGUAUGAUGUUUCGGGCAUCAUACAACAGGGAGGCACAAUCAUUGGAAGUGCAAGAUGUAAAGAUUUUAGGGAAAGAGAAGGAAGAUUAAAGGCUGCUCRUAACAUGGUAGAAAAAGGCAUUACAAACCUGGUGAUUAUUGGUGGUGAUGGCAGCUUGACUGGUGCUAAUUUAUUCAAGCAAGAAUGGCCGAGCCUUCUGGAGGAGCUUGUUACUAAAGGAUUAUUAACAGAAGAACAGACAGCAAAGAAUAUGUCUUUAAACAUUGUUGGCAUGGUUGGUUCUAUUGACAAUGAUUUCUGUGGGACUGACAUGACAAUUGGCACUGACACUGCUCUGCAUCGAAUCUUUGAGGCUACAGAUUCCAUCAUGACCACUGCAACAAGCCAUCAACGAACCUUUGUUCUUGAAGUCAUGGGUCGACAUUGUGGAUAUCUAGCUCUAGUCAGUGGUGUUGGGGUUGGUGCUGACUAUGUCUUCAUUCCAGAGUGGCCUGUUGAAGACGGAUGGGAAGAUAAGAUGUGCAAUCAUCUACAUAAGGUUAGACUUAGUGGCCGCAGACUCUGCAUWGUAAUUGUAGCUGAAGGAGCCCAAGAUAUUCAUGGAAAUACAAUCACUGCAAACCAAAUUAAAGAUGUUAUCAAGACAAAACUUGAGCAUGAUACCCGUGUCACAGUCCUUGGCCAUGUGCAAAGAGGAGGUGUUGCAUCUGCUUUUGACAGAAUCUUGUCAUGUAGAAUGGGUGCUGAAGCAGCCCUGGCUGUCCUAGAGGCCACCCCACAGACACCAUCAUGUGUGAUAUGCUCAGACGGGAACAAGAUUGUAAAGAAACCUCUAAUGGAGUGUGUUGAAAAGACWCUCAAAGUCCAGGAAGCAAUGAAAAAUCGACAAUUUGAUGAAGUCUGCCGUCUCAGAGGAAGGAGUUUUGAAAGAAAUCUCCAAAUGUUUAAAAGAUUAAGAAAAGUUGCACCACCAACAGAAAGCCAGUGCUCCAUUGAAGGRGAAUGUUCUAGUGGYGAGGUGUUUGCCGUCAUGAAUAUCGGAGCRCCAGCUGGAGGAAUGAAUGCUGCUGUCAGAGCCUUUGUACGAGGUGCUCUUUAUGAAGGCCAUGAAGUACUUGGGAUCAAAGACGGCAUUGAUGGUCUACUGGAAGGUCAGGUGCACAAGAUGGGAUGGGUUGAGGUCGAUGGAUGGUCAGAUGAGGGUGGGUCUAAACUUGGAACUACAAGAACUUGCGCAUCUGUAAACAUGGAAAAAGUCUCUCAACAGUUAUCUAAGUUUGGAAUCAAAGGAUUGUUGAUUAUUGGAGGAUUUGAGGCAUUCAAUACAUGUCUUCAGCUGGCUGAAGCGCGUGACAAGUAUCCACCAUGUCGUAUUCCUCUCCUAGUAAUCCCUGCUGUUAUAAGUAACAAUGUUCCUGGUACUGACCUCUGUAUCGGUGCAGACACGGCUCUUAAUGUCAUUGUAGAGAUUUGUGACCGAAUCAAGAUGUCCGCAAUGAGUUCCUUCAAAAGGGUGUUUGUCGUGGAAUGCAUGGGAGGCAACUGUGGUUACUUAGCAACCAUGGCAGCGUUAGCUAGUGGUGCUGAUGCAGCAUAUAUAUUUGAAGAGAAAUUUACUCUCAAAGACCUUCAGGACGAUGUCAACCAUUUGAGAUCCAAAAUGCAGGGCAAAAUACGUCGAGGGCUUAUCAUCAGGAAUGAAAAGUGCAGUGAAAACUAYACRACSGAGUUCAUCAGUGCAUUGUACCGAGAGGAAGGUCAAAAUGUGUUCUCAACUCGAACUAACGUCUUAGGCCAUGUCCAACAGGGUGGUCAACCUUCACCKUUUGAUCGAAUACAAGGAACAAGGCAAGCUACACUUGCUGUGGAUUGGAUGGUGGAGACUACCAAAAAGUGCAAGUCUGGAGAUGGAUCGAUUAACGCGAACACGCCAGACACGGCUUGUGUUCUAGGAAUCAAGAAAGCCAUAAGUCCCUUCACACCAGUACAAGAAUUAAAACAUGAAGCGGACUUCAAACAUCGUCUUCCCGAGAAGCAAUGGUGGCUUGACAUCAGACCUCUGAUGAGAAUCCUUGCUAAGCACAGACAGGUCUACCGACGAGAAGAGGAAAUCUAAACUAUUUAAUGACAGYGAUCUCUGAAACCGUCAUGAUACUUGCAAAUGUCAAGUCUAAUGUGUGUUUCAACYAAAAAAGAUAAAUAUCGGACGAAAACUAUCAAAAAACAAGCAACAAAAAAAUGAAAGUAGAGUUAUUGGAUWUUGAAGUCUCGACUAAUAAGGUCACAGAUUUUAACCUGCCAUGUGGGAUAGACUCAGAAGUCACCACCAUGAGCAURCGUAGUGGUUGAAUAUCGUAACUGAAACCAUAGUGUUUGAUCUGUAUACAAAAGAUGUCUAUAAUAACUGAAUUAAACUUAUUGCAAGUGAGUGAAA